AUGGCGAAUGCGGGCCCCGGGCCGAGAUCGAGAUCCGAUGUGACUCGAUGCGUACGUAUACGUCAAGCCAUUUCCCGUUCCCCGUCUCUUGUUCUCAUACCACCACGACCACAAUGGCCACACAGACGCUCCCGCCGCCGCACCCCAUCCGCUUGCCGUCAUACAAGGAGCUCGCCCGCGCUGCUGACAUCGACGGCCCUUUUUCCCCGCCCGUUCCAGCCGGUGCCUAGACCGACAAAAGGCGUUGUUUUGCCGCCACUCAAAGUGCCUUCGCGACCACUGAGGAAAGAAGACGGUCCAGUGCACGACCGCUUUCUCGACUUGGCGCGCCACUGUCCCGCUGCACCGCCGCCCGACAAGGAGUGGACCUCGCCGUCCCCGUACUCCGCCUACCGUCCAACCUCCGCGUCGACUACGACACCCGUUACCACCGCUUUGCCGACGCCCAUCGUCUCUCGCCCCUCGCUAGUUCCGCAUAUCAUCCACACCCUGGAGCAGCAACCGCAGCAACCGCUCCCACAGUACGACCCUCUCAACAGCGAGCCUCUCCGCUUCAGCCACGCAGCGCGCCCCGGCUUCGGCCCGCCCGGCCGCACGAAGAAGCAGGCGCUCUCGUGCUUCUUUUGCAGGGAGCGCAAGAUUGCGUGUGGGCGGCCGGAAGAUGGGAGUGUGGAUGGGCGGUGCAAUCAGUGCGCCCGACGCAAGAUUGCGUGUACCUACCCCACGGUGUCCCAUCGGGGCCAGCAUUCGCGCCUGAAGAGCGCCGCGCGCAGCGGAAACCGCAGUCAUAAAGGCGCUGGGCCGGAAAUGGAGGGGGGGUCGUUGUCGCCGUCGCCCGAGCGCACCGCCAGCCCACUAUCUGCGUCGUCGCGUGACUCGUAUGCUGGUGUGCCGAUGUUGUCCCUGCACGCGCAGAGUCGGUAUGGCCACGGGAUGUCGUGA